UACGACGACGAACUUGACCUCUACAGCAUCGACUGCAACGCUGAUGUUACCGCCAAUGUGAACAUAGCCGGAGCGAACUUUACCAUUGAGUCUACCAAUCUCAUCAUUAAAAUUCAUGACGAUUUGUGCAUCUUAGCACUUCACCAUUUCGAGAUGUUCUGGGCAGCACAGUUUAUUCUCGGUGCACCGUUCAUCAAACAAUACUGUACCGUAUACGAUGUACACAAUAAGCAAAUUGGAUUCGCAAAAUCACUACAAUGA